AUAGAGAAGAAUACUCUAACCCUAAACUAAAAAGAUGAAAUAAAAAUCUAAACUAGAGCCUUCUAACCUAAAACUACGGCCCCCUUUUGUACUCAGCCAGAAACGACUUUUAAUAGUUGAUUACAACUCAGUUUUUAAUGAUCAAAUCCUCUCACAGACGAGCUUUUGCCCAUGAACAAGUUUAGUAGACACCGAAGCAAAAUUUAACCUCCUAAAUAUAUAUGUGUAUAAAUGACCGAACAGAUUUUCCCCCUUCUCGUUUUCUUUUUAGAUGCCCCACUCCAAUGCGACAGUGAUUUGAACAAAUAAGUUCCGGGAAAUGGAAAACCAAAACCAAGAAUCAACCCCGACCCAACCAAAUCAACGACUUGGCUCACCGAGUCAAGAACUGCACUCAACCUCUUAUAAUGAACAAUCCCAGAAACGGAACAGCCCUGAAUCACCGCAGCACGAAAGCCACGUUUCUGCUCAAUCCCCCAAACGGUCGAGAAACGGCAGUCUUCCUCGGCCUUCGUUUCCACAAGAAAUAAUUUUUGAAAUCCUCUCGAAUUUACCCGUUAAGUCCCUCCUCCGUUUCAGGUGCGUUUCCAAAUCCUGGAAAUCCCUCAUAGCUGACAAAUUCCAUCAAAAAGCACCUCAAAAGAACCCAAAACGACCCCGAAUUCUCCAAAAAACGAGUCUUAAUCAACAUUGCAGACAUCGCCCCCUGCACCCAAACCGGAUCCACCAUCAAGUCAUGCUCCCUUACAUUGUGGGCUCAUGUAAUGGUUUGGUUUGCAUAACUAUUAGAGAAAAUGCAGUCCUUUUAUUAAACCCGACUUUAAGGGUUUCCAAAAGGUUGCCUGAUAUAGGGUUUAAGAAAAGGAGGGUUAUACUGUUUAUAGGUUUGGUUUUGAUGCUUCCGUUGAUGAUUAUUAGAUUGUUGGGGUUUUUUCUUAUCUGUUGGAGAAGGAUUCAGGAUUUCCCGUUCGAGGUCUUUUCUAAUGAAGCUGGGAAACAUGUGGAUGGUACUUUGAAUUGGGCUGUUUUUAGUGGACAAGAUGGGGAUUUUUCUAUUGUCUCCCUUGAUUUGGCUUGGGAGACAUAUAAGGAAGUGACCCAACCGUGCUAUGGCGACGGUGUGGAUGAGAGGACAUUAGGGGUCUUGGAUGGAUGUCUAUGUGUGCUUUGUAGUUAUAGGAAAUUGUAUGCUGAUGUUUGGGUUAUGAAAGAAUAUGGAAAGAGAGAGUCUUGGACUAAGCUGGUUAGUAUUCCAUACUUACCGUAUGAAAGGUCUGAAAUGUUUUUGACACCUGUGUCUGUAUCAAAAAGUGGUGAAAUCUUAUUGCGUUAUGGGGUGAAUAUACUUCUGUACAAUCCCAAGAAGAAUAUGUUCAGGAUUCCCAUGUUUCCUUAUGAUGUUAUUUCUUAUAUUAGACAAGCAGAAGUCUAUGAAGAGAGCCUCGUGUCGCUGACUGCAGCCAAUCAGCAUAGAUGAGUGGUGUCAAUAGCUAGCAAAGACAAAGGUUGCAGUGUUUCAUUGAAAAGUAUAACUCCCAACUUGGGCUACUGAUGGAGUUUUAGCAUGUUCAGCUGCAAAUUUUCCUCACUGUUUUGGUUGGUUCCGGUCAUCGUUGUCGUCACUCUUAAACCUUCUAGUUGAUUAAGUUACAGUUAGUUCCACUUUCUGAUAAUUUUUACUCAAAUCAUGUCAUGUUUUUUAGUGUUGCAAUAUGUUUAUCAGCGUGUUAAUCUGUCAUUAAUUAUUUUCAACUUGUUCUGCUAAUGUAGUUUUAACUUUGAAUGCUGUUUUGCUGUAUACAUACUCGCAGGCACUGAGUAGUUAUAUGUUUCAAAUUAGAUGUAAGAGUAUGUUUUCUUAUCGAUCUAAUUGCAGAUGUAAUUUUGUUGA